AUGUCCUACAAGUCCCUCAUCUUUUCCCUGCCCAUCCUUUGGAACGGUGCUACCGCAUCGCCUGCUGGCCCUGGUUCCUGGACACACGGCAAGUCCAAUGUCGUCGCCACUGACGCUGCAGCUGCGGCAGCAUACACGCUGAUUGACAACUACAACGCAGCCAACUGGCUUACCAAGUUCAACUUUGAGAACAUUGCCGAUCCCACACAUGGCUUCGUCAACUACGUUAAUCAGCAGGACGCUCAGUCGCUGGGGCUGUACAAGGUACAGAAUAACCAAGUGUACAUGGGUGUAGACUCGAAAUCUAUACUUUCUGCCACCGGUACGGGACGAAAGAGCGUGCGAGUCCAAAGCAAGAACGCAUACAACAACGCCCUCAUCAUUGCCGACUUUGCUCACGUCCCCGGCACCGCAUGUGGCUCGUGGCCUGCCUUCUGGAUGGUCGGCCCCAAUUGGCCCAACCAAGGCGAAAUCGACAUCUACGAGGGCGUGAACCUCGUCGCCAACAACCAGAUGACGCUGCACACAGCGCCGGGCUGCAACCCAGGCGUUGGACCCGGAGGCGAAACGGGGACUCGUCUCACUGGCGACUGCGGUGCCAACGGAGGCUCUACCGGCUGCGGCGUCGCCGCUCCCAACGGCACCACGUUCGGCACGCCCUUCAACGCCUAUGGCGGCGGCGUCUACGCCACCCUCUGGACCACGACCGGCAUCAAGAUCUGGUACUUUGCCACGCGCGACAUCCCCGCCGACAUCACGCGCGGCACCCCGAAUCCCACGGCGUGGGGCACUCCGCUCGCCAACUUUGGCAACGGCGGCUGCGACUUUGCGGCCAACUUCCGCGAUCUCAGCAUCGUUUUCGACACGACAUUUUGCGGCGACUGGGCUGGUAGCCCGUCUGUUUGGGGCGCGUCUUCUUGCUCAAAGGUCAAUCCUAGUUGUGCUGCGUAUGUGGCGGCUCAGCCGCAGAACUUUGCUGAUACGUACUGGCUUGUCAAUUCUGUAAAGGUUUACAGUGUUUAAAUCGUAGUGAUGUCGUUCGUGGCCCUGGAGACGAGGACGGCAUUUGUACUUUCUGUUGCUGGGUAAGGUCUGUGAAU